UUGUAUUCGUUUGCCCAUUUCAGUGAUCGAAUCGUAUCUUCGAUAACGAAUCACUACGACGUUCCACCGUCAGAAUCCGAACGCGAUACGUUCAGUCAGGGUGAGCGAGCCGACACGUUCACAGCGGAAUCGGAUGACGCCCGUUUCACGUCGGAUGGACGUCUGUCGAGUUCCAAUCAGUCGACGAUCAUCGCGAAUGGCUCGAUUGGUGGAGGUGUUUAUUUGAAACGACUC